AAGCAAUAGAUCGCGAUUGAUUCGAGCAGCCACUCUAGAAGGCUGGAAAGAUGGCAUCCACCGACCAACCUGAGCCACCGACACAGCCUGGCCUUCCACCUGGAGAUGAUGCUGCGUCUCCCCCCAGAGAAGCAUUGAUUGUCACAGCUGUAAAAUUUCUACAGAACCCCAAAGUACGCCAGAGUCCGCUGGCCACCAGAAAAGCCUUCUUGAAGAAAAAAGGGCUGACUGAUGAGGAGGUAGAUUUGGCCAUCCAGCGAUCUGGCAGCACAGAACAGGUCCUGGCACUCAGCCCUGUGGGACCCCCACAUCCAUUCCACAGCCCUCAGCUUGUCCCUGGACCACACGGUUCGACAGGCUACAGAUGGAGAGACUACGGCGCUCUCACCAUCAUCAUGGUGGGCAUGGCCUUUGGCUUACAUCAUUUAUACAAGAGAUACAUCCUUCCCCUCAUUAUGGGCAGCAGAGAGGACAAGAAGCAUCUGCAGAGGAUGGAGAGCAACAUUGCAGCGAUGAGUGGCACGCUGACACAGACAGUAAGCCAGCUUCAGCAAACCCUGGCCUCAGUCCAGGAGCUCCUUGUCCAGCAGCAGCAGAAGAUCCAGGAGCUGACCCAGGAACUGACUUCCGCUGAGGCAUCCUCUGCAACCAACCGAAUCCUGGACAACCAGACGAUUGGAGAGUUGAAGGCUGAGAUAGUCUCUUUGAAGGGCUUACUGCUCAGCAGGAGGCAGUUCCCUGCCACCCCUUCUGUUCCUAAGAUCCCAUCAUGGCAGAUCCCCCUGAAGUCGCCCUCUGUCUCCUGCUCGCCGUCCAUCAACCACACCAACAGCAGCAGCGACAUCUCCCCCGUCAGCACCGAGUCCGCCAGCUCCUCCCCGGUCAAAGAUGGCCACCACACCCCCCAAGAUCAGCUGGGGGGGCCUGAUGGGGACCAUGGCAUCAACGGGGACACGAGUGCAGCAGGCCUGGGCGUAACACUCCCCCUGGAUCUAAAGGGCCAGGUGCGCAUGGAGGUGCAGGGGGAGGAAGAGAAGAAAGAAGAGGAAGAGGAGGAUGAUGUUGGGCAUGUGGAGGAGGAAGAGGAUGAGUGUCUAAGCAUGCAGACAGAGGAUCGGAGAGGUGGCGACGGACAGAUCAACGAACAGGUGGACAAACUGAGGCGGCCCGAGGGAGCAAGUAACGAGAGUGAGGUGGAUUAGACGGCUGCCAUGAGUACAGCAACACUCAAAACGCCGCUUCUCGUCUCAGCUCAUAGUCAAGUUUCACCCUGCUCCUCUGCUUGCUUCACUCCUUUUCUACUUUUUUCAUCCUUUUUUUUUCUCCCCCAUUUCUUAACCAAUUUCCCUAUUUUUCUCAUCUUAACAUCUUAAUCUUGAGCAAAAUGCAGAUUAAGCAGGGGUGGGGGAAUGAGGCCAAACUGACUAAAAUUGGCACGUCGCAUCCUAGUUGACACACUGCUUACCUCAAUUUACUUUUCAUCCUGCAAACUAAAUGACUGCAUGCCCGGGCAAGUAACAUCCUGUGAGGUUUCAGUGGGAAGAGAAAUGACGAGCAAUAUUCAACACGAUAUUACUCUCAAAAACUAUAUGCAGUACUUUAUCCUUUCAUGCGUGGUACUCAGUGCUAGUGAUUCUGAUGAAAUGAUCAGUUAACAUACUGCAGCGCGUUAGUGUCCUUGUCAUACUGCUACCCGGGGAUCGCUCUUUUAUUGGCCAAAGAAUUGGAACUGCACUGUACUGUAUGUCUUCACUUUUUAUAAUACAGUUGUAGGUCAGGAGUCUCACAGUACCAUACUUUAGUCCGAAAGUCGUCAUAAGGUUUCAGGGGAGCAUUAGAAGGGCUCCUGUCUCCCGGUUAGUGCCAAUAGGAGAGGACAAGCUCUUCCAGGGCUGGAGCUUUUAGCCUCUUUUAUGUGUCCUUUCGCAUUGGUGUCAGCCUGUCAAUAAUUCACAAGGCCAGCGGAGUGGCAUUUGGCUGAAAUGAAAGCCCUGAAAUUUGAGAUUAGAAUGUGAUGACGGGCUUUGUUCCACGCCAGAGUGUCAGCGUGCUCAUAUGCUCAAAGGAAGAGGAAGAUAAAUAUCCCCCCCGUCCUCUUACUUUUUUUUCCCCCUUUUUUCAUGAAGAGCUGAACCGCACGUCAUCGCGAGUGUUUGUGUGUUUGUGGCAGGCGAGGAAGCCCAGUCACUCCGCUCAGCUGCAUCUCUGUCUCCAGCAGGGCAGCUGAUUCGGCGUGUGAAGUAUGUUAAUAAUCAAAUGAUCAACAAAUAACAGAUGUAUUAGUUCAUGCAGUUUGAAAUGUCAAGGAGGCUAAAAGCGGAAAUCUAACACCGAGAGAGCUGCCGCAUUAUAUUGUAUUCCAUGACAAACCCUUCGGUCCAAAUUACGCAUCGGGCCUCCCACAGUGAGGACUCUUUACGCGAAAACACUGCCAAUAUUUUGUAAUUAAACCGUGGUAAAAAGUUGAACUCUCGCAAAUGGAAGUUGUGGGGCUUGUAUCUGCUAUAUUUGCUUUUUUUCCUCCUAAACUUGUCAGGCCUGUCUCAGUGUGGAGGCGGAGGGAAGACCCAAUGAUUGAAACAGAAAGCAACAAAUGAAUUCUUACCUUAUCAAAUUACUCACUGGCGUCUACAGCUGACGAGAAAAGAGGCUGCGAGUGAGGGGAAGGGGUAUCAGCUCUCUGGUGGCACUUUCACUUCUAUCACACAGCGCUCAUGAAGACAAUAAAAGGAGAGGGGCACUGAACAUUUCAAAGUGACACCAGUCAUAAUAGUGAGCUGCCAAGCAAACAACUGUGGUUAAGGAUAAUACUAAUACGUGAAUAAUGACAUGACGUAACAACAUGAUACUGUAAAUGACACCUGUUUUUUUUCCUUUUUUUUUCAUUUAAUCAGAAUUGGUUUAUGAAUGAAUAAGUAUGGCUUCAUGAAAAGGUUCAUAGUGUCUCUUUUCACCUUUCAUUGCUGCUGUGGUUUUACUGAAUUGUCCUGUCUGUGCCCGGCGUAUAAUUGUAUUAACUUCUGAUUAUCAAUCAGAAAUGUAUAUAAUUGUAAUAAAUUUGGU